CUUCUUUCUGAACUCCUACACAGGCAGGAGUGAGCGGCCCCUGGAGUGAGCGGCACCAGGAGCAUCAUCAACGGUAACCAUGGCAACUCUAUUUCUGCUCUGUGUGUCUUUCCCCAUCAUCUUGGCAACAUCGUUUCAACAUGAUGACGACAUGGACAGCACAUUGCGUGUCAGCAUCCCAGUGGAGGUGCCUCUUCGUCCUCUGCUGGGCGAUAAGGUAGUGGUGCCUUGCUACUUCCAAGAUAAUACCGUUAAUGACCCUGGAGCCCCCACCAUCGCGCCGCUCUCACACCGCAUCAAAUGGACCUACGUCACCAAAGAGAAAGUUUCCACAAUCUUGGUGGCUUCUGAAGGCAAAGUUUACGUGGAGGCAGAAUAUCUGGACAGAGUCACACUGGUCAACUAUCCAAUGGUUUCUACUGAUGCCAGCAUGGAGCUGACAGAGCUGAGGUCCAAAGAUUCUGGCACGUACCGCUGUGAGGUGAUUCAAGGAAUUGAGGACAACUAUGACACUGUAAACAUCCAGGUUCAGGGAAUUGUAUUUCACUACCGCGCCAUCUCCACCCGCUACACCCUGACGUUUGAAAGAGCCAAAGCAGCCUGUAUCCAAAACAGUGCCACCAUUGCUACUCCAGCGCAGCUCCAAGCCGCUUAUGAUGAUGGAUACCAUCAGUGUGAUGCUGGGUGGCUUUCUGACCAGACUGUCAGGUACCCCAUUCAUGAGCCACGGGAGCGCUGCUAUGGAGACAAGGAAAACUUUCCUGGAGUAAGAACGUAUGGGAUUAGAGACGUUAAUGAGACCUACGACGUGUAUUGUUUUGCUGAGAAAAUGUCAGGCAGAGUCUUCUACUCCAUGUCUGUAGAGAAGUUUACCUUUUAUGAAGCACAAGAUCAGUGCGCCAAACUUGGUUCCAGGCUGGCCACCACUGGUGAACUUUACCUUGCCUGGAAAUGGGGUAUGGAUGUGUGCAAUGCUGGUUGGCUGGCAGAUAGGAGUGUACGCUACCCAAUCAACAUUGCCAGGCCUCAAUGUGGAGGGGGGCUUUUAGGAGUGAGAACUGUCUACUUGUUCCCCAAUCAGACAGGAUACCCCUACCCAGACUCUCGCUUUGAUGCCAUCUGCUUCCAAGCAAGUGAAGAUGAAGGUGCUAUUCCUGAGAGGACCACACCUUUCCCAGACAUCAUCCAAAUCACACCCGCUUCAGAGCUCUACCCAGGACUGACACCUACACCUGGACGGGAGGAGGCCAGGUCUGAAAAAGAGGAAGUUCUCACCUCAUUGACUGUUCCACCCAUCAUGACUGGCCAAGAUAUUAUAUUAGUUCCUGGACUGGAUUUGACAGGUGAAGAUGUGACCAUGGCUCCCACUGGUGUGGUGUUCCACUACCGACCCAUCACUGGUCGGUACACUCUGACCUUUCUUGAGGCCCACCAAGCUUGUCGAAGUAUUGGAGCAGUCAUCGCCAGCUCUCAGCAGCUUCAGGCAGCCUUUGAGCAAGGCCUACACCAGUGUGACGCCGGCUGGCUGCGUGACCAAACUGUGCGGUAUCCGAUUGUGUCACCAAGACAAAACUGUGCUGGUAACCUGCUAAACCUUCCAGGAGUGAGAUCGUACGGCUUGAGACCAGCCAGUGAACGCUACGAUGUAUUUUGUUACGUGGAGCGUCUAAAUGGUGAGGUCUUCUUCACCAGCGACUUUGACAGCUUCUCAUAUGAUGAGGCUGUGCAGCAUUGUCAGAAACUCAACACCACCCUGGCAUCCCCUGGGCAGCUGUACGCUGCCUGGAAACAGGGACUGGACAAAUGUCGCCCAGGCUGGCUGUUGGACAGGAGCGUCCGCUACCCCAUCGCCAGCCCCAAGCCUCACUGUGGAGGUGGCCAAGCUGGGGUCCACAUCAUCUACGCUUUCUCCAACCAGACGGGGUUUCCUGAUGAGCACUCACGAUAUGAUGCCUACUGUUUUAGAGCUGAAAGCUCAGAUGUUCAUAUCGAAGAAGAAGUCAUCAAAGAACUGGAAAAAACGUUUGUGUAUCCGACAGUAACCUUUUCUCCUACUGAAACAGCUACAACUGAGGUGUACAAUGAAACAGAAGCUGCUGUAAAUAUAACUGAAACUGAAUUAAUCCAGAAAGCGACGGUCCAAACUCAACAUGUUGCUCCUACAGAGAAAAGCCUUGUUCCUCCGGUCCCAACCGAUGUGCCCGGAUCUGGUUCGGGUCAACCUUCAGCAAGCGGAGAGACCUCAGGAGAAUCCGGCUCCUCCAGUUCCAGUGGUGACGUGUCUGGAUCAGGACAUGGCAUCACCUUCAGCGGACACACUGAUAUCUUCUCUGGAGAACAGUCCACCUCUGGAAGUCCAGAGGAGCUGGAGGGGGGAAGCGUUGAUUUUUUCACAUCUGGAGAUUUGGGUAGUUCAUCUGGAUCUGGAUCUGGAUCUGGAUCUAGAUCUGGAUCUGGAUUAGGAUCAGGAUCUGGAUCAGAAUCUGGAUUUGGAUCUGGUUCUGGUUUUAUAUCUGGUUCUGGAUUUGAAUCUGGAUCUGGCUUCAGUAUAUCAGGAUCUGGUUUCAGCAGUGGAGGUGUGGAUGUCAGUGGUAGCGGUGAGGCCUCUGGGAUUGUCCUGGUGAACGGAGACAUGGUAGACAUAUCAAAAACCCACCAACAUCGCACAGAGCAGGAAUUUGGCCAGGGAGGAGUUAUUAUCAGUGGAGACUUUAUGGGAUCAAGUGGUUCUGGAUCUGGCCAUGUGUCUGGUUCUGGAUCCCUCCAUGUGUCUGGUUCUGGAUCCGGCCAUGUGUCUGGUUCAGGUUCUGGUGAGUUUUCUGGCAUUUCAUUUGUCGAUCACAGUGGCAUCGACUUGACAGAGCAGCAGUCUGGACUCCAAGAACUAUCUGGAUACCAGCCCUCUGGAUCGGGGUACCACAGUGGUUUCUCCAGUGGUUUUCCCUCUGGCGUUUCAGGCAGUGGUUCUGCCUCUGGAGACCCCAUCCAUCAUUACGAUGGUGUCGUUCUAUUAACAGAUGGGCUAAUUGAAAUGACUGGAUCCCCACAACGUCCUGAGCAUGGCCGUGGUGUGGUGGUGGAGAUGAGCGGGGAAGGUAGUGGCUCAGGGAUCAGUGGAUUCAGCAGCUCUUCGGAUGCAUCAGGAUCUGGAGCCCCUCAUGAAACACCUGCUUCUAUCAUGACUUACAAACAGCAUGUAGCAGUGACUGAAGAUACAGCCUACACCGCCCCAACCACAGCACCAUCCGUGUCAUUACAAACCCCUGCAGUUGUGGAGCAGCCUGAAGUAGAUGAAGUUUCUGUAGACCCUUGCAAUCCGAACCCCUGUGGUGCGGGGUCCUGCUCCAUGCAGGGAGAACUUGCCGUGUGCCUGUGUCCAGAUGGCGUCACCAGAGAAAACUGCUCAACAACGUUGCAGGGAUGUCUUGACGGCUGGAAGGAGUUUCAUGGCAGCUGCUACUACCUCUCUGAAGAUAGACACACCUGGUCUGAGGCCGAGCUGCACUGUCUGGAGUUCAACGCCCACCUGGUCAGCAUCAACUCCUUGGAAGAGCAGGAGUUUGUCAGCUCCAGUGGUCUGGAUUACCAGUGGAUUGGACUUAAUGACCAAGUUGUGCAGAAUGAGUUCAAAUGGACAGAUGGGAGUCCACUGUCCUUUGUGAACUGGAGGCCCAACCAGCCGGACAACUACUUCAGUUCUGGGGAGGACUGUGUGGUGUUGAUCCUGCACGAGGGUGGGCAGUGGAACGAUGUGCCCUGCAACUACCACCUUCCCUACACCUGCAAGAUUGGACCUGUAAUGUGCAGCGCACCCCCUGAAGUGGAACAUGGCAAACCAAUGGGCAGCAGAAGAGAUUACUACCCCAUCAACUCUAUAGUCCGUUAUGAGUGUGACGCAGGCUACACACAGCGCCACCUGCCCAUCAUACACUGUAUGGAGAAUGGGGAAUGGCAACAGCCCAAAGUAGAGUGCAUAGAAGCCGAUGCCAACAGUCAGAGGCUACACAAAAGGUCCCUCUGGAGAAGAAGUAAAGGUGUCAGCAGCCGACAGGAGCCAAGGAAACUGCUCUGAGCAGCACUGAAAGAGACAUACAACAGAGAGCCACAAAGGAACCUUCUUGGAAAGAAGCUUGGACACUAAUCCAAAUGUCUGACCAAAAACCAUAGCGUGCCCUCCUUUGUAUACACACACACUAAAGCACAUUUAGACGCUGACAGAGACAGUGACGGAUGUUUUGGAACUUUGAUUGACACCCUGCAUCCUUUGAAAGAAGGUUUUCUUUCGAUUUUAGCAUCUAAUUUACAAUCUCGUAUUUUAUUUUUUUUUGUUUCUUGCCAUGAUCUUUUCUGAAAUCUGCGGCUCACAAAGAAGGGUUGAUAAAACCGACCAAAAGGUUUCAAGAGGCUGAAGAGUGACAAACAAAAAUCCAAAACAGCUUAGGAAAUGUUUUCAAUUCAGACAAUAGAUUUUUACCAUAUUUAGAGUUUUUCUAAACUCGUUUCUUAGCCUUUCGUGGCGGAUUCUAGAUGCUAAAUGCAACUUUUGUUUAUAACGCAGUGUUCAGUUAAACCUGCUGGUUGUGACAACGAUGAAAGAUAAAAUUGUUUCAUUGGAUCGGUUGGAGUUGACUUUGAGGCUCCGUUAAUUCCAAGAUAUUUAAAGCUUUUAAUCAUGUCACAACCUUACGUUUGACACCUAUUUUACUAAAAGAUCUGCACAGCUUUAGGUUUUCUGAACUUAUUGAUUUGUUCUGUAUAUUGACGAUCGUCAAAGGAAAUGUGUGAUUAAGUGCAACACCACCUGGAUUGAAAUAAUCAGCACUUUAUGCACUUUUGAGGUCUUUUGUCAUUUCUGUGCUAGUCAUUUGAAUCCAGUGCACUUUUACAUACAGCUAAAGAAAACAACAAGCGACACUUGUCUAACAAUUCAUACACGCCUAAUGAGAACUGCUGGAUUUCUCCGAGUGGGCGUCACCAGCUCGGUCAUCCGAUGACCUGAAAGAUGCAGAUUCACUUUUGCAGGUUGCCACUUUUUAAGAGAAAUCCGACAAGUUCAUGAUGUGACAUAAAAUCAUGGAUUCAGUGUUUGCUUUGUGACGAGUUUCUUCAUGUAAAUAUCCUCGCCUUCAAUCUUCUGAACAGCAGGAUCUGUCGUUGACUUGCACGGUGCAAUUGUGACUGUUUCAUUUACAGUAUUCAUCAUUUACAUGUUUGUUUGUUUUUUUUGUAUUGUUAGUUCUGAGAGCCAGCAGUACAGAGAAAGACAAGUUUGAUUUUUCAAUUUGAUUAUUAAACCUGCCUCUUAGUCUCUUCAGAAAUCAAAAGCUGAGCCGACAGAAAUGGUUUAAAAAAAUUGGCUUUGAAUAAGUUGAGACUUCUGAUGUUUUUGAGGUGAGCCGGUGAGAUUCUGAAAAGAGGUUAUGAACAGUUAAUAUCUCACCUGUCGUAGGUAACUCGAUUCAACUUCAGUUUGGAAAAAGAAAGAACUUGUUCUCACCAUAUGAUGAGCUAAUGGCUAAUUUAAAAGAAAGUCAACGUUUAUCUCAAGUAUUUCACAAAAAGUUCACGUGGAUGAGAUUUUGUAAACCUUUAAAUUGUUAUUAAUUUAACUUUACAGCUAAUUUGUCAACAUAUUAGCAUAUUCACAGAGGACAUGCAUGCACCAGAAGUUCUACUGCUAGCUGCUGCUGUUACUGUGCCUGCACGUAACGGCAGUCUUUCAUGUAAAUAACCAAGUAGUGCAAAGCUGACAGCAAUGUAAAGGUUUAUAAAGUUUAUUCACAAACUUCUUUACAUUUUUUUUAAAUCGAAGACCUUGGCUUCUCUUGGACUAGCUAUUAGCUAAAUAAUCUGAUCAGAACAAAUGUGGGAGUGUAUCCAUAUUUAUAUACCGUAAUUUCUGGACUAUAAGCUGCUACUUUUUUCACACGCUUUGAACCCUGUGGCUUAUACA